CGCCUAAAUUAGCCCAACCGUUGAACCCCGCGUUUACUCUCUCUCUCUCUCUCUGCAACUGUAUUCCCCCCUUCCAAUUUCUGAGAAGGUGGGAGAGAGACCCCAGAGAAAUUCGACUCACAUCUCUCUAGGGGUUUUAUCUCAUCCAUCUCUACACAUUCAUCCACGGCACCGCAUUUUUUUUUUUUAUUUCUGGAAAAACCCUAGAUAUCGCAGAUUAGAGGGUGCGUUUGUUUUCUGCCGAAGAAGAAGAAAGAGAGGAUUUUGGGCUCGACCCAAUUCGAUUGGAAGGGUCCAGAUUCAACGGGAUCGUUUAAUUUUAAUCGGGUAAUACCUCGACGAGAAGGGGGUAGAUGCGGAGAAACCCCCCUUUGGAACCGGAAGCCCUAAUUGAUAUACGAAUCGUUCUUCUAAAUCGAUGGAUUCAUCGUUUUCACCCUUGGGUUUUCUGAUUUUCGGUUUUGUUAUUAGCUUUUAUGCGUCUGUGGUCCAAUCCCGGAUGCAAGAUGAGAACAACGGUGCUAAAUCAACUUCACCUGCGUUAAUGGUGUCAACACCGCCACCUCCGCCGCCUCCUCCUCCUCCUCCGCCACCUCCGCCGCCUCCAUCAACACCUCCUCCGACGCCUGGUCCUGCACCUUCGCCCGGAUCGGCGCCGCAGUAUUCUUCCAUGAACGAUAAGCCCAAACUGAGAAGAUCGCCGCCACACCAUCACCAUCGCCGCGUCCACUUGCCGCCGCCGCCACCACCGCCCCCACAGGGGAUGAAUGCGGGGAAAAAGGUUGGGCUUUUGUUUGUGGGCAUUGCGGCAAUCAUGCAGGUUGGUAUGGUUGUGUUCUUGGUAAUCAAGAGAAGGCAACUUUUGAAGACAAGUGACAGAUAUGAGACUUGUCCUUGAAAAUUUUAUAUUUUUUUUAUCAUCAAUUCUUUUUUUAAUUUAAUGGGUUGAAAUUCUUUGCUGAAUACGUUAUAGUUGGGGAAGGGGGAUGUUGGCUGAGAUUCUGCAGAAUCUGUGAAGAACAUGAAAAAGCGACAUUGGGAAGAAUUGGAUUUGUGGAAUCAUUGGAACACGAAUUGUGUGCAUUUUGAUGCCAUCAUUUAGGCCUUCGACAUUACUCUGUAUAUUGGUAUUGUUAGUUGACGUUUCCUUCACGCUUCGUGUUACCCCCCUUUUCCUUAGUUUCUUUACAUUGGCCUAUAAUGACAGAAAAGAUGCUCCCUGUACUUUUAUUUUUUAAUUCAUUUUUCUCUAACUUGUUCAGUGUACAAUGAUGUUAGGAAUCUUUGAAGGAUUAACAAUGACAAACUCUUAUAUUCUUUGUUUUUU